AGUUUCAAUCUGAAGUAACGCAGGAAGUAACGCAAGUUCAAAUGAUUACAUUGGCCGCAAAGGACUGGUACUUGCGACGUGGCAUGCGCAUAAAUACAGAAUAUACGCGGCAACCAUCAUGGCGGACGCUGAGGUUAGUGUGAAGUCGAAAAAGAAAACAGCUUCGUGGUUAUUGUCAACUUUGAUCUUCUACGUCAAUAUUUUGCCCGUCGGGUCAUUUUAUUUACCCGGAAUUGCACCCAUUGAUUACGCAAGGGGCGAAAAACUGGACGUCAAGGCAGUUAAAAUGACAAGCAUAAAGACACAGUUACCAUUUGAGUAUUACUCCAUACCAAUUUGCAAGCCAAAUCAUUUGCUUUACAAGCCAGAAAAUCUAGGUGAAGUGCUACGUGGAGACAGGAUAGUCAAUACUUUAUAUGAGAUUAAAAUGGCAGAAAACAAAGAAUGCACAAUGUUGUGCCAGCCAACGACUUUAACAGCUGAACAGUCUACACAACUUACCAAGUUGAUAUCAGAGGAAUAUCAUGUCCACAUGGUUAUUGACAACCUACCUGUGGCCACAAAAUUUGUCCUUGAAAAUGGUCAGGUGCAGUAUGACCAUGGAUUUAAACUUGGGUUUGCACUAGAACAGAACACAUUUCUCAACAAUCACUUGACAAUGAUUCUCAAAUAUCAUACUUAUGACAAUGUCACAUUCCGUGUCGUUGGGUUUGAAGUCCAAACUAAGAGUGUUUCAAGAGAUGCAGUGUCAGCGGAAAUUGACGGCAAUAAGUGCUCUUUCACCUCAGACAAACCUGGAGGCCAAACAAUAAUUGCUGACCAGGAGAACACUGUGGCAAUGACAUAUACAGUAAAGUGGGAGGCCAGUAAUGUUGUGUGGGCGUCAAGGUGGGACACCUAUUUAGCCAUGAGUGAUGUUCAAAUUCACUGGUUUGCUAUCGUCAACUCUGUUGUGAUUGUCCUGUUUCUGUCUGCUAUUGUGUCCAUGAUAAUGAUCAGGACUUUACGACGAGACAUUGCACGUUAUAACAAAGAGGAUGAAAUGGAGGACACUAUGGAGGAGACAGGCUGGAAGCUUGUCCAUGGUGAUGUAUUCAGACCUCCCAAGAGGGCGUGGUUACUGACAGCAUUUGUUGGAUCAGGGGUGCAGAUCUUUUUCAUGGUCCUCAUAACUUUAGUGUUUGCCAUGCUCGGGAUGUUGUCACCUGCAAGCCGAGGAAGUUUGAUGACUGCAAUUAUAUUUCUUUAUGUCUUUAUGGGUGUUUUUGCUGGCUAUUUUGCUGCUCGACUUUACAAGACAUGCAAGGGCCAAAACUGGAAGAAAUCUGCUUUACUGACUGCAACAUUGUAUCCUGGAGUUGUUUCUGCAGUGUGCUUUGUCCUGAACUUUUUUAUCUGGGGACAACACUCUUCUGGAGCGGUUCCCUUUACCACCAUGCUUGCUCUUCUUUGCAUGUGGCUUCUUAUUUCAGUCCCACUUGUUUUUGUUGGCUAUUUCUUUGGAUACCGGAAAUAUCCCUAUGAACACCCUGUUAGGACCAAUCAAAUUCCUCGCCAAGUUCCUGACCAGGCCUGGUAUAUGAGUCCUUUGCCAAGUAACCUGAUGGCUGGCAUCCUUCCAUUUGGUGCAGUGUUUAUCGAGCUCUUCUUUAUUUUAUCUGCCAUCUGGGAGAACCAGUUCUACUACUUGUUUGGUUUCUUGUUCUUGGUAUUUGUGAUCCUUGCCAGCUGUGUCUCUCAGAUUUCCAUAGUGAUGAUUUACUUUCAGCUUUGUGCUGAGGAUUAUCAUUGGUGGUGGAGAUCAUUCUUCAUGUCUGGUUCCUGCUCCAUUUAUGUGUUUUUCUAUGCUAUAUUCUACUUUGUUACAAAACUUGAGAUUGAGGACUUUGUUCCUGGUCUGUUGUACUUUGGCUACACAUGUAUCAUGGUGUUAUCCUUCUGGCUGCUAACUGGGACUGUUGGAUUUUAUGCCACGUACUUCUUCAUCCGACACAUCUAUGCAGCUGUAAAAAUUGAUUAACAGCAAAAACUUAUUGCAAGUUGUAAAUGACAAUUAUUAGUGAUAUCAUUGUGUAAACCAUUGAGCCGGGGGAAGAUAAUUUUUUUAAAGUAAAUGACAGUGUUUGUCUUUAAUAAUAAGUGACAUUGUCUGUUCACUGCAGAGAGGUAUACAUGUAUGCCUCAUUUCAUUCAUGCUUGCUCAUGGGACGACUGAGUUACAAGGCUUUUAAUUAUUGCAAAUGUGAUAGUUCAUCAUUCUAGAAGAUUUGUAGCUCUUGGUAAUUUUAGUGUUUCCAAAUGAUUGUACAGCCAACCAGAAACCAUGAUGGUUGUGCGACGCCUUAUGGGUGUCUGAUUCUACAUACCUGUUUUGACAAUACCUCAAGUGCUAUAAUUAUGAAACUAAGUAGUCAGUUCCUAGCAAAAUUAAUUAACGGGAAAUAACUUGGAUACCAAACAUUUUGGGUUCUUGCUAUUGUUCUGUCAAGAGAGUCUGUUGGAACAGGACUGAGUUUGUGACUUGUGAAUAUUUAGGAUUUAGCAGAUUGGCUGCUCUUGCAAAUAAAUUAAAACUUAUUUAUUGCAUGCAUGUGGGUCACAUGAUUCGAAAAAGUUCCAAUCAUGGAGAUAGAAGGAGAGACAAACUUCAGGGCCAGAUGAAAUGAAAAUCUGCAAAAUUAUGUUUACAACUUGUUGCACUGAUUUCACUUGUUUUUACUUCCUCUUAGCCUCAUUAAUUUUUAUCGCUCAAGGGUUCUGCAAGGAUGCACCUUUAGGCUAAGAGAUGACUAUUCCAGUUUAUAAGUGGUUUUCACUGGUAAAGAAAAAUGUUAUUUAAUAGUUGAUUAGUUUUGAUGUUUGAUCUCAUGGAAUGGAUCAAAGACAUCAACCACAAAACAGGAACAUGACAGUAGGGAUUCUCCAGCAUAAUUUUAUUUGAUGUUUGGUUUUGAGGGAUUAUAUCAAGAAAAUGUUUUUAAAUGGGAAACGAAAGACUGCUGUGUUUCUUUUUUGCCAAGACUAAUGACUCAGUUUGUCUUUACAAGGUGUUUCCAAUACUAUUAACAUAAUUGUACCAUUAGGCAAGUUUGUCCUUCUUACAAUUUAGAGCUGUAAAGUGACUGAUGUUUGUAGCAGCUGUUAUAUAAGCCUAUUGUGUUGAUUUGGAUGGCUUGGUUUUUGGAUGUUUGGUUUAGGAUCAGAACCUAACUAUCUUUUUCAAGCAAAUGAUUCCUGUCACAUAGUUAUACAAUUUAGCUGCUGCCCACUUUAUAUUAACAGCAUAAAUAGUAGCAGACAGAACUAGCGAAGAUGUUUAUGUAUUAUUAUGUAGCUAUGAAGUAAGACUUGCUUUUGAUAUUUUAAAAUUGUCUGACAUUCAGUAGCUUCAUAGAUUAGUGUACACUUGUAUCCAUUUGGUAACAAAAGGUGGUGGUGUGUUAGAAACUCUCUGUCAACAAACUAUUAGUAUAAUAAGCUUGUUAACCACUCCCUUUUAGACAUCCCACCUGCACAAGUAAACAAGUUAUAGAAUUUGUGGUCAAACAAAAUAAAUUUAAGAUCCUGA